AACUCACUACUUUGAUCAGUCAUCAUUUUUGCUAGUAUCCACCACAAGCUGACCAAUCCAGCCUUCCAGGUGCUACAUAUUGACAAAAAAGACCAAUUAAUAUUCUUUCAUCCACUAAAAAUAAGAGGUUACCCAAUCAAACUACAAAAAAAUGGCAUGUUAGCACGAUAUAUUAGGAGUACUCAUAAUUAUUGACUAAAAAAAUAAUAACAAUAAUAAUAAUAAUUAAGCUGGCCAUGUGUGAAGCUUAAACCUACUAUAUAUAAUCCCUUCACCCCGUGUGUUACUCUCCAUCAUUCCAAACAAGUAAUGCCAUAAAAUUACAUCCUCAAAUCUAGCUAACUACCAAAUUUUAUGUACUCGUACGUGUACCAGCAAUUAAAGAUCUAGUGAUUACAUACAACAAUAUAUUUCAUUUUUAUGAUUUAUAUCAACUUCGCCGAUAAUUAAUCUCUCUUUUGUUUCCUCGCAACCAUCCUUAACUCCCCCCUCGCUCUAGUGGGAGGUAAGGGUGAUCCGGAGGUGCUAAAGUGAGAACGAUCACGGUAUACAAAGUGGAGUCAUCGGAAAAUAUUGAUAUUGAUAUUGGUAUUGAUAUUCAUAUUCACAUUCGUUUCGUGCAAUGGAAACAUUGAUGCAAUGGGAAAAUGGUAUGAUGAGAAAAAACAAGCCGACAUCGAUAUCAUCCUCAUAUUCAUAUAUGGAGUCUGAAGUCAUAAUGUCUAAGUUUUGUCAAGGGAUAUCGAGGGUCCUCUCUGAAUGGAAUGGCUUGCAAAUGGCCAUCCAAAAUGAAUGGGGUGGCCAUGAUUCUAACCAAAAGUCCCAACAACUUGUUUUUGAUAUCUUCUCUUGGUUUUGUCAAUCUAAAGGUUCAUUAAGUGUAGAAGAAUUGGAAAAUUUUCUUCAUGAAACUAUGUUAUUUUCCUUCAACACAGACAUUGAAGAUGGUAGCAUUGAAGAGUUACAGGUUGCAGAGCAAUUGAUGAACAUGCAUGAAGGAUGCUUGAAUGGGUGCUAUACAUAAGUUGCAACUUUCAAGCUAUUUCAUCACAUCUACUAAUUACUUCAGCUUGAAGAUCAACUAGUAUAAUAAGGUGCUCAAAGCUAAGACUACAAUGAUGAUGAGGACCUAUUCGUUGAAAACUUGGAAAGGGCAAGAAACAGUUAAGGAGUACUCCCUCUGGUCCUUUUGGUUUCUUAGAGGCGUAUUAUUUUUGACAGGUGCAUCAAGAUCCGUAUCCAUGUAUUGUGUAGGGUAGACUACACAAAUUAGAGAAAUUGUAAAAUUCUGAAAUGUCGCCAUGUAUGAUGUUAUGGUACUCGAAAUUCAAUAGAGUGCUAGACUGAUCUCAAGUUUUUGCGAUUUGAACUGAAUGAUUUUAGUUCAUUCAAUGAUUUUUUUUUUAUUUAAACUUUUACUUUUUAGCUCUUUUCCUUUUGGAAUAAAAAACUAUUCAUCUAACUUAUUUCAAUUGCAAGCCUAACUUAUUCUUGAGAUUUCAUACAAUC